AUGGCUGGCGCGGCUGAGGGCGGCGUCCCCGCUAGCCCUCUUCCGGAGUUGCUGCUCGGAUUCUGUCCGUACACUGUCUUGGGAGUUUCCCCAGCAAAAGAGAACUCAGAGUCUUCCGCCACGGGAGCUGCAGCUGGCGGCUGCUCCGCAGCGACCGCCACUUCUGCCAGUCCAGCGUCCACGUUCUUCGCCUCCGUCUCGCUCAAAACUUUAGCUCAGGCGUAUAGACGGGCAGCCCUCCGGGCGCAUCCAGACAAGAACCGCGGACGGGAGGCCCAAGCUGCCGAGGAGUUUGUGCGCAUCCAAGCUGCGUACUCGUUCCUCUCUUCUGAAGAGAACAGAGCGGCGUACCACGCGUUCUUGGAGAGACGCGAGCGACACGAGGCUCUUUUGGGGGAGCGGCGGCGUCGCGGCCUCCAGGCGGAUGAGAAGAAACGGAAGUUCGCGGAGGAUCUGAAGAGGCGGGAAGAAGCUUUUGCAGAGUCGCAGCGAAAGGCACAGGACGCAGAGAGAGGCGCGCGCGCCGCAGCAGACUUUGAGAAAGACAGACUCCGGCGCAUUCGCGAGAGAAACGAACGGAUUCUGGAGGAACACCAAGAGAAACUGAACGCGAGAUACGCGCAACAACAAGCUGCCCGACAGGCAGCGGCCACGUCUCUUCACCAACACUCGCCGUCUGCGCAGAGCGACAGAAACAUGUAUGAUGCGUUUGAUUGCAAACGAAGGAGAUUCGGAGAAGGAAACGACCAGGUGCACUCCGGUUCCGCGAAUGGGGAAACCGAAGACGCCGACGACAUCGAGGACAUCCUCACACGGUCCGUGUACGUGCACUGGACGGCUGCAGCACCUGGGACCGAUGGAGAGAAGCUUUCGGGGACUUCUGGGCCGCCGAACCCGGCUUCCUCGGCGGCGGGUGAGCAGCGUGAGAUGCAGGAUACUGCCGUCUCUCCCACGCUUCUCUCUUCACUCUUCAUUCCUCUGCAUGCGCUCUACAUCUUUGGAUACACUGCAGACAAGGGGUAUGCCUUGGUCGCCUUCGCCACUCGCGAGCGUGCUCUGGAGAGUGCUCUCGAGUUUCAGCAGCAGCAGAGGCAGAGGCGAAGAGAGGCUGGAGGAGAGAAGAAGAAACCGCCUCGCCUGCGCGUGAAAAUAGCUGAUCAGGUCGAACACUUGAGGGAGCGUUUGUCAGUCCUUCAAGAAGCGGCAGAUGUUGCUGCAGCGGAAUUCGCCCGUGCUGCCGCCGAGGCCGCAAACAAAAGAGCCACUGGUGGAUCGUCUACGAGCGCAGACACUACACGCAACCACUGCGUAGCUCAAGAUGUCACACACGCACCCGACACGACAUCUGCUGCCAACUUACAAACGAGCGGAGUGCCCGAGCCUGUACAGAUUCCGCUGCCUUUCCCUUCGCCGCCUGCUGUGAUGACACCGGCGUCGCUUGCCGAGUUUGAAGCCGCGACACUCCAGCGGCUGAAAGAGGCAGCCGCAAAGAAAAAAGCGAUGCAAGCAGCGCAGCAGGAAACUGGGAAGGGAAACGAACCUCCUGGUGUCGGAGGAUGA